GAUUCCAUCACCAUGAAAUCUACGAUGAUUCAGUAUUACACCUUACUAUUUCCAGGAUUCAAGUUGUCAGGGUGAACUCUUUUCUAAAGCACAUCCUUGCAAAGAUGGCUUGCUAUAGCAACUUUACAGGUGAUCCAAACCAUUUAGAAGAGCUAAACAAAUUACAGUUAUCACAAGAGGAAUCUACUCUUUCAAUAUGGAAACAAAUUAUAGACAGCCAUGUUGUUGAAUCCAGUGAUGUCAACAUUUUGACAGACAAGAAUGAAUGUGAUGAUCUUAAUGUGGCAUCUGAAGAAAAUGAUCAGGAUGAGUAUUUUUCUGAUGGGGAGUAUACUCCUGGAAACACCAUGAAGGCUAAAAACUCAAAGCUUCAAUUAAGAGCCUAUCAAAAAGAACUGGCUGUGAAAGCACUGCAAGGGUUAAAUGCUGUGAUAUGUGCACCAACAGGCUCUGGGAAAACAAGAGUAGCAACAUACAUUAUACAAAAUCAUUUUCAGAGGACUGAUGGCCCAAGGAAAAAGAAAGUGGCAUUUUUGGCUAAAACAGUACCAUUGGCAACUCAGCAAUACAAAUCAUUGUGCAAAUACUUGCCAGACAGCUUGAAGACAAUCUGUGUGACUGGGAAGGAUAAAAACAGCUCAAAUCUUCGGAUGCUUCUAAAAUACAAUGAUGUCUUAGUAAUGACCCCUAUGAUCCUGGUCAAUAAUUUACAAAGAAAAGGUUUAAAACUAAGCAAGUUCACCUUACUUGUUUUUGAUGAGUGCCAUCAUACCAGAAAUUGUGAGCCUUACAACCUUCUGAUGUCAGAUUAUUUAAAAGCCAAACUACAAGGCACUUUAUCCCACUUGCCACAAAUUGUCGGACUGACAGCUUCUAUUGGUAUUGAGAAAUCCAAGACCCUGGAUGAAGCGAAAGAAAGUGUUCUUGAAGUUCUAGGCAACCUUGAUGCACCCCACAUGUGUACUGUGGUAGAGAACAAGGCUGAGCUGAGGAAAACUGUUCCUGUGCCAACAGAGGAAAUGUUUAGUCUUAAAGAGCUGGUACCAGAUGAGUGUUAUACAAAAAUUAUUGACAUCGUAAUGAAACUUGAGGAGCAUGUCAAACAAUAUGCAAAAGCUUUGGGUGAUAAAACUGUGGGUGAACUGGCAGUCUGCGCACCUAAGGCUAAAAAUGAUCUGUCGUACGGACAAUGGGUGGUUAAACUAAAAAAAGCUGCUCUGAGCUUGCAUAUGGGGGUCAACAAUUUGACUGUGAGACAUUUGGUGAUGAUCUCCAAUUAUUUAAUGGCUUAUAAUUUUGCACUGGAGUCUUUUGAUCUGAUAGAGUCUACAGAUGUUGUGAAAUAUUUGAAAAAAAGUUUUAAAGAGUAUGUUGAGAACCCAGACAAAACUGAAGUAGAAAUCAUUCUUUGCAAUUACUUUGAAGAACUUGUACGACUUUCAAGUAAAAAAGUAUCCACCAAUCCAAACUUGGAAAUUUUAAGUGCAAUCAUCAAGCAAAGAAUGGCCAACAGUCAAGACUCUAGGUGCAUCAUCUUUGUUAGAACAAGAGCACUAGCAGAAGCUCUUGCUGAUUGGCUGAACAGAAGUGAAUUAUCAGAUUUAAAUGCAUCUGUUUUUACUGGCACUAGUGCUUCAGAGGAAAAAGGAGGAAUGUCAAAAGAUCAGCAGGAGGGUGCACGUUUUAAUUUUGAACAUGGAUAUGUAAAAAUUCUUGUAGCAACAUCAGUGGCGGAGGAGGGAAUCGACAUUGCUAAUUGUAAUUUAGUGAUCAAGUACAAUAAAAUUGGCAAUGAGGUCACAACAGUGCAAACUAGAGGCGAGUACUUACCCAAUCUUUUUGUUUCAUAGCUGAUCUUUUUUUCUAGGG